AUGCUUUCCCGUCGAAUUGCCCAGGCUCCGGCCCUGCGAUCCCUCAUUUCGCGACGAGCACUUCCCGUUGUUCAAACCCGGACUUUCAUCCCCAACGCCGUCAACGACAAUGCCAUCUUGGAGGAGAAGUACCCUGAGCCCCCCAAGUUGACCGAAGCCGAGGACCCCAACCAGAACGGUGCAUACAUCAACCCUCCUCGCGUCAAGCGACAGUUCCGCGACCCUCACGCCGACUGGUGGGACAAGCAAGAGCGAAGAAACUUCGGCGAGCCUGUACACGAGGACCACGACAUGAUGGGGAUGUUUACUCCCCACGAGUACACCUGGGUGUCCCCGGCCAAGGGUGCCCUGCAAAUCGGUGCCUUCGUAGCCACCGUCUUCGGCCUCUGCUGGGUUAUUGCACAGGUAUAUCCUGACAAGCAGUCAUUCCCCCGAGAGUUUGAGGGUGGUCUGGAGCGGGAACUGGGCGGAUCGGGCGCCAUGAGGGCAAGAUCGCCCGAUGACCCUGAACCAUACCAGUCUGAGGAGGCUGAAGAAUAA